AUGCCCGUGAAACGACGGAAGUUCCUGGUUUCCGAUGAAGAAAUUUGCCAGGUUUUAUUUGCGGACGACAGUGAUGAUGAGACAGGUCUCCAGCUAGACGACGAAGAUAUUGGGUUUUUAGAAACUGAUAUUGAUAAUGGCAUCGAAGAAAUUGAUGUCGAGCAUCCAGAAAAGAGCACUGCAUCAUACCCGCCAAAAAAACGAAGCAGGCCGACAGAAUCUCAUGAGUCUUCACAUGGCCCGGUCGAGACAAUGGGCGGGAGAGGUGCUAAGACACUCAACUGGAAAAGAUUCCACAAGGCACGAAGAUUCUCAAGUGAGCAUAGCGUCCAGUACGGAGAGGUCCUCUGCAUUCCACAGUCGCAAGCGAGUGAUGUUACACCCUUGCAAGUCUUUUCUGCAGUGAUGAAUUUCGACAAGCUGUUGUCAGACGUUUUAGUAAAGGAAACCAUUCGGUACUGUGAACAGAAGGGGAACCUUUUCACAUCUUCGGAUGAUGAGAUGAGGGCCUUUCUGGGAAUGAACCUAAUUAUGAGUUACCACGUUCUGCCGGCACUGAGGAACUACUGGUCGACUCUGCCUGAUCUGGGUGUUCCAUACAUUUCCAAUGUUAUGCCACUUCACCGCUUUGAGCAAAUCAGGGGUGCCCUCCACUUUGCAAACAACGAGUGUCAGCCCGACAGACGCGACCCAAGGUUCGACAGGGCUUACAAAGUGCGACCUCUGAUCACUCACUGUAACGAAGCGUUUCAAGCGGCACUAGCCCCUACAAAGCGGCAGUCUAUAGACGAGCACAUGAUCAAAUUCAAGGGGCACAACAUCAUGAAAUAA